AUGUCUUGGUUUGAAUACGAAAUCUACAAGAAACAUGGUCUCCUGGAAUCCCAUCAACCCAUAUCAUCUUUUUCACCUCCAUUUAGUGUUACUAUUCAUAAAACAGCAAACCCUUCAUCUUCUCCAGGUGUUAAGAUCAGUCCAGUAAUUCUUAUCAUCAUCAUAAUCUUGGCUGUCUUGUUUUUCAUAUCUGGUUUGCUCCAUUUGUUAGUGAGAUUCUUGACAAAAUACCAUUCUUCAACCUCAAUCACUUCUCUUCGAUCUAACAGAUACCCAUCUACCCCUGAUCAUACACUACAAAGGCAGCUUCAACAGCUCUUUCAUUUGCAUGAUUCAGGCCUAGAACAAUCCUUCAUCGACACCUUACCAGUUUUCAUGUACAAGGAAGUUGUAGGUGCUAAUAACUCAUCAUUCGAUUGUGCCGUUUGUUUGUCUGAGUUUUCCGAGAUGGACAAAUUACGAUUACUUCCAACUUGCAGUCAUGCUUUUCAUAUAAACUGCAUCGAUACAUGGCUCCUAUCGAAUUCCACUUGUCCUCUUUGCAGAAACACACUUUUUAACCCUGGGUUCUCCAUUGACAACCCGAUUUUUGAAUUUGAUGAAAUGAGGGAAGCAGAUGAAACCGGUUUAGCGUCAGCACCCGGUUCAAAAACAGUCCAAGAACAUAUCAUCGCUGAAAAAGGGGUUUUUCUGGUGAGGCUUGGUAAGUUCAGGAAAUUGAUCGACGGAGGUGAGGUGGCCGGCGGCGAGACUAGUAGCAGUAAUUUGGAUGCGAGAAGAUGUUAUUCGAUGGGUUCAUAUGAGUAUGUUGUCGGUGAUUCGAGCCUCCGGCUGGCUUUAAAUCACAAAAAAGAUCAUCAAGAUGAAAAAAUCACGAUUAGCGAUGAAAGGGAAGGGAAGAAGAUUAACAUUGGGGCAAAAACUGAUAGUUAUUCAGUUUCGAAGAUCUGGUUAUGGUCUAAAAAGGGGAAAUUUGUGGGUUCUUCAGAGAAUCAAAUGCAUAACCCAUCUUCAGUUGAUAUGGAAUUACCUUGGAUGAGCAGAAUUCAAGGUACAUGA